AUGGAGGAGGAGACAGACAGCAUUUCGGGCUCCCUCACCAGCGAACAAAGCAUCAACGAUCCCCCCUCCCAGCAGCUGUACAGAUAUAUUGCGAUAUUUGCCAUACGGGGCCUGGGCCAUAUGAUGGCAGCCCUGGUUACUGAUAUAAUGUGUCAUAACUCUUCAAUAUCCCUCAACGGGUACAAUAGCACACCAUAAAGUAAGCCAAAACAGCAUAUCUCAAGUGGGCGUCACUUUAAUUAGGACCUCAGAGGAUUUAAUAUCCAUAAAUUAACAUAGGUGUAGAAGGUUUUAACACUCGUUCAAAUAACCAGUCCAAGUAUGACACCUUAUAGGCUAUCAGGGAUCCUGCAGACCCCUGCUCUGUCAAUCAUUCCCAUCCCACCAGACAUAAAAUGUGGGCAGGAGCAGUAGAAGCACCCAGCUCCAUGACUUUAUUUUUAUGAGGUUUGGAACUAUGUGCGACCAUAGCAAAGGUUCCCACUGGCUGAUAGAAGAUACUGGAGACUGUACUAUUUGAUAGCAAUAUAUCACACAAUACAGGUAACGUGGACAAAAACUAGAGAGGCCACCUCUUACACCAUCACCUGUUGGCCAGCCCCUUGGUUCAACCACAGUUGUUGGUAAAUGCGUAGGGAGUGGGAAUAAGUAAAGCAAGAUCAUGAUAGAGAAGUGGGCAGAGUGGGCGGCCUUGGACUUACUUGCCCUAUAUAUAAACAUACUGCCCAACAUUUCAUAUGGAAAAAGAGAGACACUUUAUUUUAGGGAUGUGAGUUUGGCCAAUUACGGGGCUGAUCUAAAAAAAUUUAGGUGACUUACUAUUAAGAAUUUAUGCAACGAAAAUGGAAUUUAGAACAAGAACAAUGUAUCCUAUUUACACAGAUUGAUCUAUAAAUAGAUUUAUUGUAGUUUAAAGGCCCCUUACUGGGAGUGUUAUUGCUAAGGGCAUUCUAUGCAGUUAGCACCAUGAGCUUGGCAUAAAUGCGUCAAAUGAUGCGUUCGCUCCACCCUUUCUAAGGACUGUCCCCUACUACUUACUUGUCCACUCCUCUCCUAACCUGCUACUAGCAGGCAGAAGCUACUAUUAUACAGUCUGGGACAAAGAAAAGGUAUAUGUAGUGAGUGUAGAAGAAAGGGAACAUGCCACAGUGUUAAAGAGACUGAAGCAGCAAGGGUAUUUGCAUAAUGCGCAAAGUCAGCUUUACCUUAACUAAUUUCAUUGGCAGUCCACACAAGUUUUCAUACUUAACUAAUUUCAUUGUCAGUCCACACAAGUUUUCAAACUUAAGCAAAAGUAUGUGAAGAGUAGUAGCCAUGGGCCUGGAGCUGCAGCUCCAUCAGCCCCUAUUCUAAUCUGGCUCUGCUGCUGUCCAUCCCUCCCUUCCUUUCCCGCACUGUAGAAGCAUUCGCUCAAAGCCUGUGAGAAAGGUCCAAUCAAAUGCUAGUGAGCCUGUGACAUAAGACGAGGUGUGGAAAGGAGCACCGGGAGCUUUGCCUAUGUUGGCUACAUUGUAAGGAGUAGACCUAAUUAGUAAUGCCAACAAGGCAAAUGAAAUUGAAAUACUAGCAUUUAAAAAAAGGGUUGUAGUAACCAUUACAAGAAAAGAUUAAACGGACACUUCAGCUCAUUGAAGUGGUCUGGGUGCAUAUCCCCAGGUCUCUUAAAUCUGGAAAGGUAAUUAUUUUAGUGUUUUACCAGACAGCCACUAGAGGGACUUCCGGGUCUUUAGGCGACUUUUGGUCGCCUAACUGACGCUGGAUGUCCUCACGCUAUGUAUAAGGAUGUCCAGCGCCAGAAAGCGCAUUAGGUGGCCCCUGCCGGCUGAUGUCGGUGGGGAGGAGUGAAGACAGACCCUGAGCAAGCACCAAGAGACAUCGGCACUGGAACAAGGUAAGUGACAGAAGGGAUUUUCUCAUGUUACACGGGGGGAAAUGGUGGGGGGUUGGGGGAGAUGGGGGGAAAGGAACGACAGCUUUGUUUUUCUGGCACUAUAGUUUCUCUUUAAAAUAAGCACUAAAGACAGCAGAGUAUAAGCCCCAGUAAUGUUUCCAUAUACAUAGAAUGUGAUGGCAGAUAAGAACCAUUCGGCCCAUCCAGUCUGCCCAAUUUUCUAAAUACUUUCAUUAGUCCCUAGCCUUUUCUUAUAGUUAGGAUAGCCUUAUGCCUAUCCCACGCAUGCUUAAACUCCUUUACUGUGUUAACCUCUAUUUAAUUACCUUUCCAUAUUUAAGAGACCUGGUUAUCCAUUAGGGAUAUUCAGGAAAGUAUGAAUUGCUGAGAAUUCACAGUGAAUGUCAUUGUUUAGGCCAGGGGUGUGCAAAAGGUAGAUCCCCAGAUGUUGCAUCUACUUGGUUCAUAAGAAGUACCAACAAUUGGUGGGUAAUAAUAACAUCUAUUACUAUUCAUUUGCCGAUUCGGUUAAUUCUGAGAGCAUGCGCUGAAAACCGAUUUGAGUCCCACUGGGAGAAAGGCGCUAUAUAAAUACUAGUUAUUAUUAUUAUUGCAGAACUACAAAUCCCUUGAUGCUUUGCAUACCUGUAGAAUGGUUUUAAAAUGACAACGCUUAAUGGAAGCUGUAUUUUUAAAACAGCUGGACAUCUAGCUUUUGGGCACCCAUGUUUUAGGCCAAAAUUUCUGAAUUAAUUAAUUUAUUUUGUUCUAAAAUUUUGAAUUCAUUAAACUUCACAACUGGAUAACCCUUUCAACUUAAAAUAGAAGAACAAAUAAAGGUUGGAUGAUGGAUAAAGAGGGACACUUCGAUUUGUGGUGCGGCUAGGAGUGUGACCAAUGCUGGGUUGUUCUGAGAAAAUGUUUAAAGGACCACUAUAGUGCCAGGAAAACAUACUCGUUUUCCUGGCACUAUAGUGCCCUGAGGGUGCCCCCACCCUCAGGGACCCCCUCCCGCCCGGCUCUGGAAGGGGGAAAGGAAUAAAAACUUACCUUUUUCCAGCGCUGGGCAGGGAGCUCUACUCCUCCGAUCCUCCUCUUCUCCUCCCAUGCGGCUGGCUGCGCGCGCAUUCAGCCGGUCACAUAGGAAAGCAUUAUCAAUGCUUUCCUAUGGAUGCUUGCGUGCUCUCACUGUGAUUUUGCACAGUGAGAAGCACGCAUGCGCCUCUAGCGGCUGUCAAUGAGACAGCCGCUAGAGGCUUUGGGGGAAGGCUUAACCCAUUGAUAAACAUGUUUAUAAAAGAAUGGGUUAAGCCUAGCUGGACCAGGCAGCCAGACCACUUCAUUAAGCUGAAGUGGUCUGGGUGCCUAGAGUGGUCCUUUAACGUUGGUCUGCCACCCCCCCUCCAAAAUGAGUAUUUCAUGAAGAUAAUAUGCUCAUAGUGACUGUGUUGCAAUUUCCUACGCCUGACACUUCUAGACACUUUAGGCGGAGAUCUCACCAUCUCGAUAUGUCAAUCUCCUAGCCAGUGAUGACUGCAGAGAUAUUAGCUGUAUAUUCGCAUAUACCUCAGUGCUGUACACUCGUGCAUGAACGAGCUUGCAGCAGUGAUGUCAGAUCUUGGUGAACAGAGGGCGACCAUCCGCAAAAAGAUGGCAGCACCCACAAGGGACUGCUUCAGGAAAGUAAACCUUUCCUCGCCCUUCUUGGGCCACCAGACAACUAGCGGCGAUGUCACCGUCGGGGGUCUCUGCAAAUUAUGAAAAAUCCCUAGAUGGUGACAGUGCCGCAUUAAGUGACUUACUAAUAAAAUUUAUGCAACUGACUGAUUUCUAGUCAGAUUUGUUAGUCCCUACAUUGGCUUCCUGUAAGAUAUAGGGCUCAAUUUCAGAUGCUGACACUUGCUUACAAAUCUCUACACAAUGCUGCUCCAACCUACUUAGCCUCCCUAAUACACAAACAUGUCCUAUCUAGGCCUCUACGCUCUGCUGGAAGCCUACAUCUAACCUCUGUUCGUACUCCCACCUCUAAUGCUCACCUUAAAGAGUCUCACCCAAUCUCCACUUCUUCAAAAAAAUCUUUGAAAGCUUACUUCUUUAGAAAAGCAUAUCAAUUAAACUGUGUACAGCUUUUUCUCCUGGUUCCCUGAUUCCUCUCCUGCAACUAUCAUCAAAACAAAACACUAACCCUCAAUGAAUACUAUCCUAACAACCUACUUCUCUACCCUACCCUUACCUUCUGUGUCACAUUACCCCACUCCCUCUAGCAUGUAAGCUCAUUGAGCAGGGCCCUCAACCCCUUUGUUCCUGUGCGUUCAACUCGUCUGGUUACAAAUACGUGUCUGUUAGUCCACCAAUUGUACAGCGCUACGGAACUUGUUGGCGCUUUAUAAAUAAUAAUAAUAAUAAACACAGUUAUUGCAUUUUAAAGACACAUUACUGAGCGUCUUAUUGCUAUGAAAUUCUGUUAUACACUCAGACACAGCAACAAUAUGGAACCCCCAGAAAAGAAGAACAUUAUGAUAGGAAAAAAAAAAAGGGAAAGGGCAAUUUGAACCCAAACUAAGGACUGUGUCUCUUAAAUAGGGACACUUUGGAGGUAUGCUUAAAUUGACAGGGCAUCAUAGUUUAGUUAAUGGGAUGCCAGAAAAUGCCUAAUUUUGUAACAGAGCUCCAGCUAGCCUAUAUAUGAUUUUCAUGUGAAUCAGCCCCCCAAAAAACACCCCCCUUCAUACAGGAGGGAGAGUGCAGUGACGUCAGAGGAGGGGCGGAAGAGGCUUCAUCGCGUCAUUCUAAUGCGCCGGAAUGUGGACAUGUGUGCUGCAUCCUGACCUUCCUGGAAGCACAGUGUGGAAUGAUGUUCAGGGGGAUUUUGUUAACGUGUUGGAGGGGGUCUGGCAUAAGGGUGAGCUAUUUACUUCAUUGUGCGUUUUAGUGAAUAGGUGGCUUGGAGUGUAAUUGCACCUAAUUAGGAUUUCCUAAGUGGAAUUAUUAUUAUUUGUUACUGACAUUAAAUGGUGCAUCCCAGGUUUAUUCAUUGGUACAUAGUAAUACAAUGUUCCUGUAUUGUUAGCUUUAUCAUUGUUGGAAUACUGCUAUUAAUUCCCCCUGUCCUUCCUGCACUUCCCAUCCAUGCAGGAGGUUCUGGCUAACAAUGUUUAUUGUUAGUGCUACUUCACCCCUCAAUCUUAACCAUUAAGAAAACUGUUAAUAAUUGAAUCCAAGCUGCAUGAAGUAUACAGAUACACAUUUCUAUAGGUAUACAUAAAAUACUUUGGGCUUGCUCUGAAUAAUGUGCAGCACAGAUGGGUGUAUGCAUAUUUAGGAAUCUUGCUUAAUUUAUUUUUUAAGAGAUAGAAACAGGUGCAUUUAUAAUGCAAUUACACUAGGUAGAUAUGUGUUUACCAAGCUAAUGCUUAUGAUCCAAUCAACACUCAUUGCUUAUUUUUAUUUUUUUAAAGCAGUGACUGCUAACCUUGAAAUCCCAGAUAUCCUCAAACACAUUUCCCAUGAUGAACAGUCAUCCCAAGGAGUAUCAUUGCGAAAUAAACUUCAGAACCAUCGCUGCUUUGCAAUAACUUGUAUAUUCACACACCUGCUGCCCACAUGAUCUACAAUUUAACUUGGCUUUUGUUUAAGUGUUCUUGCAUAGCAAGACCACUUAAUGUUAUCUCACGUGUAUAUAUAUUAUUAUUAUUAUUAUUAUUAUUAUUAUUAUUAUUGCCAUAUUUACCACCCUAACUCCUCCCAGUUUUUACACUACAUAGACAGUAAUAUACCGAAACGUGUGGAUUGUUGCAUCAAAAUGUAGGUCUAGGUCUUGUGACUCUCACAAUAUAAAGCUCUUCACUGUAGGAGUUAUAGUUUUUAAGAUACGACCGUUUGAAGAUGGCACCCGCCAAAAUACUCUGACCUGUGUCAAGGCUGCAGCAGCAAGUGAUGUCAUAGACAGGGCAUUUUGUACACCUGCUAAUGUAUGUUUUAAUGUAACCUGUUUUAUAAAUGUAUGUUUUAAUGUAACUGUGAAGCACUUUGGGCAACAACGUUGCAAUUAAAUGUGCUAUGUAAAUGAUAACAGUUACUCUGCCCACUCCAGUUGUAGACUACUGGUGGAGGCAAGAACACUUCACACAAUUUCCCCAGAAAUUUUAGCUUUUCUAGUUUAUUGCUUAUAAUACUGCCAUGUCAAAGUGUGUUUGUUAUGAACGUAAACUAUUAUUUAUUAGUUUUUGCUGGGAUUUGGCUAUCUAAAAUGUAAAGUAUGUUCAGUAAUCUUUAUUUUGUUUUCUUUACAGUUAUUCUCCUCCUCGUUUGCUGAGUCAGGAAUACCCCCGAACCUCAUUCUACCUCCAGAUUUAAAAAAUGUUCCAACUAAAAGUAUGUGAAGCUUGUAUAAAAGUUCUCUUUUUUUAUCUUUUUUUAAGUAGAUACUGUCUAACGCUCCAAAAAACAAAUGCUUGUGGUCUUAUAUAGAUUAAACUUGGCAUUUCAAAUCUUUUUUUGAGCUAUAUUCGUUAUUUCGGGCUGACUGAACAUAAAUUAGUAAUUUUGUACUAUGAACUAGUUUAAAUCACCUGAUGAUGCUUCUAAUAGUCAGUGUCAUUAAAUAUUUAUUAUAUAUUCUUUAGGGUUCUGUAACGUAUCCACAUAUUUAGUGCCAAGUACCAAAAUACUACAAACAAAAAUGGAAUAUAAAAAAUGUCAUAGUUUAUUAAGUAAUAGCUACUCUUUAUGUGGUAAACCUGGUAUGAUAGAAAUCUGAUUGCAAAAUGGAGUUUUAAUAGGUGUCCUCUAGAUCAAGCAUGUCAAACUCAAAGGCUAAGAGGGGCCAAAUAAACAAGGUUUAAGUUUACGUAGGCCUCAAAAAAACAAACUUCAGUUUUCAUAGAAACUUAGGUUUAUUUAGAAAAGUACAGUAUAAAAAAAGUUGCCUAACUGACACUGGACGUCCUCGCGCUCGUAGGGCUUCAAAGUAAACAAAAGAGUGAAUUUAUUUUAAGGAGACGCGCACUUGCAUAUAGCCAAUGUUUCAAUCCAACUACCUUGACUUAUUAAGAAAAUUUUAGUAAUGGGAUUGAAAUGGUGAAUGUAUGCGGUUGCACAGCUGUUAAAAAAAACCAAAUUGUUAUCUUGUUGAUUUUGAAGUCCUACGAGCAUUGGGAGUCUAUUGUGCAUGUGUGGUAAAAAGCUACACAGCCAAUCAACAUCUCCAUGGAGAGCGUUCAGCGCCUCCAUGCAGACUCAAUCUAAUACACUGUCCCCUCCCACCACUCUAAUUUAAUACACUGCUCUCCCUCCAAUUUAACACACUGCCCCACCUAUCACCACUCUAAUACGCUGCCCCCUUCCUUUCCCUAAUUUAAUACGCUGCCCCCUCCCUCAAAUUACACUGCACUACACAAAAAGGGAGCAUGCGAUUGGCCGUCGGAGCAGGGCAGGGGCAAGGACUUCUGUCUACACAGGUGAAGACACAUUUUGCUGCCCCCAAAAUUUCUCUUCACCUGUCUGUCUAAUAUUCCCCCUUUUGCCCCUCUUCCCAUUGUUUUGCCCCUUUUGUGCAUCUUGCCACCUUUCUCGUUUUUGCCACCUUUCCUGAUUUUGUGGUUUAUUUACCCCCUUGUGUCACACACUCACUCACUGUCACUUAAACACACACUGGGUCUAACACACACACAGACUUACUGUUUCUUAUAAUUCUAAACAGAGGUCCCCCAAGUGUUGCUGCACUGUGAUAGCUUUCCUCCGCUCUCCACAGCAGUUGACCGCUGUGAUAUGUCACGUAUCCCAGUGGCCUUUAGCUCAUGAAGAAAUUGGCCGCGGUCUCUCCUCCCUGCUCCACCCCCUCCCUCAUUGGCAGCACGUUUUUUUUUUUUUUUUUCAUCACACAGCCAGCCAGUUUGGUAAAUUACUACCAUGGUCAUUGCUGCAGAGAGUAACUGGCAGGAGUAGGGUUCUCCGUGCUCCCACUGGUCACUCUGACAUCUUUGCGCACCUCGGGUCAUGUUCGGCUGCCUGUAGCGCCGGCCCUGCGUGGGAGGGAAGACAAGAAUCUGUUGCAGCCACCGCACAAAGCGGCCCCAGGGCAGGUGGGCCACAAAGAUUGACAUGCUUGCCCUAGAUGUUUUAAUUGGUAAACAGACUGCUUAAACUUUUUUUCUUUUUCCUCCCUCUCUCUCUCUGUCACCUGUAGUGCAGCGACCUCCUGUCGACCUGUCUCAGCCUAUCCUGCGAGAAUGCAAGAUCCCGGUCCCAUCUCAUAUAUCACCUAAGCUAGUCUGGUUGGAGACUCUAAAAGAUCCACAGGAUCAACAACUGGGGCUGGUCCAUCUGCACCCAGACGUGUUUUCAGUCCCUCCCAGGUCAGACACAAGCUAGAUGUCUCACUGUAGAUUAGGUUCUUGAAUGUUCACUGUCUGUAAAAUACUAUGGCCUGGAUACAAAUGACAUAGCCAGAUGCAAUCUAAAGGCAUCAUGGAAUGACCGGUUGGGGGCAGUGGAAUCCCAGAUUAGUUCUUUCUGCUUAUGAUCCUGACAGUGUUUUGUGCUAAAUUUCUUAUUGUCUUUGUAAUUUCCAGGAUUGAUAUUUUGCAUCAAGUAGUAACAUGGCAGAGAAACUUCAAAAGAAUUGUAAGUAUUCAAUUUUUCUCCUUGAAUGUGUGUAUUUAAACUGCAUUUUCUACUGUGCCAAAUUGCAAUUUUAUAUUUUAAAUUAAUUGGUCUUUUUAUUGAGACCUAAUAUGUAUGUAUUUCUAACGUUCUUGAGUUUGCUGUAUAUCCAGAAGACUUGCAAAUUCCACAGUGGACUCUCUCCAGACCAGGAAGUUACCAAAGACCAAAGAUUUUAGUGUCUGUGCCACUUGCAGGCUUAGGAGACUCAACUGUAACAAUGGAAUGACAGUAAUUGCAAGUUUCCUUAUGUAUCCACUGGAUGCAGAAGGAUGAAUCCUCAGACAGUAGGGUAUAUUAUCAGGAACUCUACAGGGGCUAUCGUAAAUGUAUACUUGAUGCAGUGUCGUGCAACAGCUUUAAAACUAGUAAAAUUAUAAUCUCCUUUCAAAUGAAGGCAAAGGACCGCCAUCUUUUAUGUACUGGGAGUGGGCGGACAUGCACACUCCACCCAUGCACACAGUGUAUACAUAAUCUAUUAUUAAUACAAAGUCAAUCUAUCCCACAGAGCUAUGCCAAGGCCAAGACGCGAGCAGAAGUCAGGGGAGGUGGGAGGAAGCCUUGGCAACAGAAGGGCAGUGGGCGAGCUCGACAUGGGAGCAUCAGGUCACCUCUUUGGAGAGGAGGUUAGUCUCUUAGAAUAUUGUAGUAAAUUAAGUAAUCAUAACCUUAAGUAAAGCUUACCUGCGUAUUCUUAUGCAUUAGUUGGUAAUAUUAAGAACAUUAUCAUUGUCUAUUUCACUAUCUGAAAUUAUAUUCAACUCCUCUGUUCCUCAGGUGGUGUGACUCAUGGACCACGUGGACCCACAAGCUAUUACUACAUGCUGCCUAUGAAGGUCCGGGUUCUGGGUUUGAAGAUGGCCCUGACCACAAAACUUGCUCAGGUACCCUGAAUGCAAUUUAAUAUAGAAGAACUAGGUGUUGUUUUAAAGGGACACUAUAGUCACCCGAACAACUACAGCUUAUUGAAUUUGUUCUGGUGAGUAGAAUCAUUACUUUCAAGCUUUUUGCUGUAAACACUGUCUUUUCAGAGAAAAUGCCUUGUUUACAUUACAGCCUAGUGAUAACUUCACUGGCCACUCCUCAGAUGUCUGUUAGAGAUCCUUCCUGGGUCAUGGCUUCCUAAAAUGCAUCCAAACAUUCAGUGUCUCCUCCCUCUGCAUGCAGACACUGAACUUUCCUCAUAGAGAUUCAUUGAUUCAAUUUAUCUCUAUGAGGAGAUGCUGAUUGGCCAGGGCUGGGUUUGAACUGUGCUGGCUCUGCCCCUGGUCUGCCUCUUUGUCAGUCUCAGCCAAUCCUAUGGGGAAGCAUUGUGAUCUGAUCAGGCCACCACUUCUGAUGAUGUCAGCAGAGUGCUUGUUUUUCCUGAGGCAAACCGCAUGCAGAUCUAUAGUUUCAGGCUGGAAUACAGUAAGAUUUUGCUAUAUUUAUGGAGGCAUGAGGAGCACAGGGGGGCUAGAUGGUGGGUUUUAACACUAUAUGGUCAGGAAUACAUGUUUGUGUUCCUGACCCUAUAGUGAUCCUUUAAGUCUCUCGUUUUCUUGGGAUUGGUAAGUCUAUUAACUUUCCUUUAUUUAUUGUGGAAGAUAAAACUGGACCUGGACAGUAGUUAAAAUAAAUGAUAAGCAGAUUCUGGUUCUGUUACUGCUGACUGACCAGUAAGAAGAAAAGUAAUUGUGUAACUUUAGGGGUUUUCUGAUUAUAUUUUCUCGGGCUGUAGUGCAUAUGGCUAUAAUGCUGUAUCUCAAGUCAUCAGAGUAUUGCCGAUUUUAUAUUUCUCUCCAUUAUAGGAUGAUCUCUACAUUAUUGACUCUCUUGAUGUUCCCUCUCCGGAUCCUGAAUACCUUACUGACCUGGUUAAACAGCGACAUUGGGGAGAGUCUGUGCUAAUCGUGGAUGUGUAAGUGCUGUAUGAAUUAGCUUUCAUUGAAAGGAACACUAUAGGGUCAGGAACACAAACAUUGCCCCCUCUUAGCCCCCCUAUAAAAGUUUAAAACGCACCUUAUUUCCAGCGCCGCGUGGAUUUCUUUGUUGGCUCCGCCCGCUUGUGACAUCAUCAAAAUGGCUGACUUUUAGCCAAUCCAAUGCUUUCCCAUGGGGUUGGAUUGGCUAAAAUUGGCAUGGGGGCGGGCCAAAUGCUGUCUUGGCCUAUUAGAACCUCCUCAUAGAGAUGCAUUGAAUCAAAAAAAUUCAGCAUCCCCAUGUAGAGCGUGGGGACGCUAAAUGGCAGAGCCGCCUACUGUGCAGCCCACUGCCAGGAAGCACCUCAAGUGGCUGAGUAGUGGCCACUUGGAGGUGUCCCUAGGGGCAAUGUAAACACUUCCUUUUCUCUGAAAAGGCAAUGUUUUACAUGAAAAAAGCCUGAAAGGGAACUAUUAUACUCACCAGAACUAAAUUAAGCUGUAGUUGUUCUGGUGACUAUAGUGUCCCUUUAAUCUUUUUUUUUUUUUUUGUUUUAUCAGUGGACUGAUAACACAGCAUACCACAACGUCCUAAAGUGAUAGGAUGAGUUAUAGGGAGAGGUUAUAUGGAGUAAUAGGAGGAGUUAUAGGGAGAGGGUAUAUGGAGUAAUAGGAGGAGUUAUAGAGAGAGGUUAUAUGGAGUAAUAGGAGGAGUUAUAGGGAGAGGUUAUAUGGAGUAAUAGGAGGAGUUAUAGAGAGGUUAUAUGGAGUAAUAGGAGGAGUUAUAGGGAGAGGUUAUAUGGAGUAAUAGGAGGAGUUAUAGGGAGAGUUUAUAUGGAGUAAUAGGAGGAGUUAUAGGGAGAGGGUAUAUGGAGUAAUAGGAGGAGUUAUAAAGAGUAAUAGGUGAGGUUAUAUGGGGUAAUAGGAGGAGUUAUAUGGAGUAAUAGGAGGAGUUAUAGGAGGAGUUAUAUAGAGGUUAUAUGGAGUAAUAGGAGUUAUAGAGAGAGGUUAUGUGGAGUAAUAGGAAGAGUUAUAGGGGGAGGUUAUAUGGAGUAAUAGGAGGAGUUAUAGUGAGGUUAUAUCUAGUCAUAUGGGGAGUUAUAAGGAGAAUGUUUAUGGAGUAAUAGGAGGAGUUCUAGGGAGACUUUAUAUGGAUUAAUAGAAGUUAUAGGGAGACUGUGUGCAUUAGUAAUGUUUCUGGUAAUUAUUUUAAGAGAAUGUUACAAAAUGUUUACAGUGCUUAAACAUUAUAUUUUUUCAUGUUUUAUAGUAAUGAAAAUAUGCCAGAAAAUAUUUUGAAUGCCACUGCCAAUUUAAAGAAAAUAAAUCUAAUUCCAGCUAUAGGUAAGAGUUCAAUUGUCUUUGUAUGUAUUUUUGUACUCUGAUGUGGAUUUAUUAGCCGCUUACCUUAUCCUCGCUUUAUGCAUUCACUACCAAGUACCAUUAUGCGUUUACUACCGAGUAUGUGUUGGUUGGGGGGGGGGGGUAAUAGCAUAACUUGUAUUUGAAAGGUGUGUACACCUAGCAAAGAACCAUAUCCUAUUACAUUAAACUUGUGUAUAUGUUGCUUUGCAGACCAUUAUAAAAAUGUUAUGUAAAUGUACACAGUAUUUUCACUUAUUCAUUCAUUAUUUAUAAAAAUAUAUAGUAGAUGAAAAAGCUCUGUACAUUAACUCCUUCAGGACGGAGUCAAUAGUACAUGCUCUGAUCAAAACAAAAUGUAAACAAAAGCUGGAAUUUGCGCUAUAUGUCUGUUCAACUGUAAUUCACCUCUUUCAUAUUAUAUGCACCGACACUUAUUAAGUGUUCUUGCAUAGCAAGACCACGUAAUGUUAUCUCACAUAUAUAUUAUUCUUAUUAUAGCCAAAUUUGCCACCCUAACUCCUCCCACAGUUUUUACACUACAUAGACAAAAAUUUACCAAAACGUGCAGAUUGUUCCCGAUCGGAUUGCUAUUACUUUGUGGAACGUUUCGCCGAAUGGUUCACGGAAUAUCGUCAUUCUUGUGGCGCAAUUUGUCCCAUAGGAAUGAAUGACAAAAUGUUCAAAACUAGAGUGGGAGCUGGCAAAAGCUGAAAAAUCAGGACAUGAUUUCUAAACUGCCACCACUCCCGCAUUUUCAAGCCCACCUACACAAAUCUUAUAUCAAAACGUUCAGCUAUCCCUGCUGCCACUAAAAAUGUCCACGGCUAAGCCAUAGUACUGAUAGUUUUCACAAUAUGACCAUUUGUUUGCAACUAACGCCGUCCAUUGACAUUCAUUGAAGCUUCACUCUAGCCAGCUCAAACUUGAAGUGCAAUUUCUAAACUGCGACUGUGCCUUCAUUUUUAAUACUUCAGAGACAUACUAUGCAUCAAAAUGUAGGUCUGGGUCUUGUGAUUCUCACAAUAUAAAGCUCUUCGCUGUAGGAUUUAUAGUUUUUACGACCGUUUGAAGAUUGCAACCGCCAAAAUACUCUGACCUGUGUCAGGCUGCAGCAGCAAGUGAUGUCGUAGACAGGGCCUUUUGUACACCUGCUAAUGUAUGUUUUAAUGUAACCUGCUUUUAUAAAUUUAUGUUUUAAUGUAACUGUGAAGCACUUUGGGCAACAACGUUGCAAUUAAAUGUGCUAUAUAAAUAAAUAAGUUACUCUGCCCACUCCAGUUGUAGACUACUGGUGGAGGCAAGAACACUUCACACAAUUUCCCCAGAAAUUGUAGCUUUUCUAGUUAUGACUAAAAUCAAAAAAACUGUGCAAAAUAUAAAAAAAUAUUUUUUUUUAAAUUGUAGUUCUGCCUCACAUUUUAGCUGUAAAUGUCAUAAUACUGUUAGCUUUUACUGCAAAAAAAGCACAUAUUUGGAUUCAGCAAAGUCUCACGAGACCCAUUAACAGUUUUUAUGGUGUUUUGGAAAGUUAAAGGGUCAAAUAUAGCACAUUCCAUUUUUCAGUUUUUUUCACAUUGAAAUUUGCCAGAUUAGUAAUGUUACCUUUGAGAUAUAUACACAUGUAAUUUCAUUCUAACUGUAUUUUGUUAUAUAUAUAUAUAUAUAUAUAUAUAUAUAUAUAUCACACACACAAAUAGGAACAGCAUAUAUAGAGUGCCUGCAUUUCUGCAUAUGGCUCACUUAGAGUAAUACAGUUAAAUCUUUAUCUAUUUCAAUAACAAUCUUUAUCAAUCUCAAGAUUGCUAAUGUAAUGCUAACAGUGAAAGGGUAGAGUACAAUAUCUGCUCUCCCUUACUGUAGUAAUGGCGUGAUCUAUCCUUUACUUGAAACAUCAUUUCCUGUUUGAAAGCAUGGGGCUAGAAAACAUUUUCAGCAAACCUGCCGUAACUAUUAGUAUCUUGCAGAGACAUCCGUUUCCACACUGCAAGUACAAUAACUGCUUCUACAUAUUGUCAUUGCUAUUAUGCAAGGAGUUGUCCGGUACCAUCCUUGUAGUUUUUGGGAAAAUCUCUGCUUGUGGUUCUAUUCCAGCUUCCCUUAUGCCAUAUAGAUGUUUCAGAGGUUUUACUUAAUAAUGUGGAUUUAAAAGCUCUUGAACACAUUGACAAAAAAUUUAGGGACUGCACCCAAAAAAUAUUUGUACUUGUAACACAAAGUAGGUAUUCUGCUGCUCAUUUCCCCUCCCCCCCCCCCCCCUGUUAAUUCUCUCUUUGCUCUGAUAUCUGAUUUACAUUGUGUUCCCUUUUAUGCUCAGUAUAAUGUAAAUUGUACUCGGUGAGGAGGGGGGGGGUCAAUGCAAACGUUUACAAUGAAAGCUUCAGAACGAAGCUUGUAAGUGUUUUAACACACGAAACACGUUAUAGGCUUGGUCGUGUGUAUUAAGAGUAGUUUUGGACAAAGAUCUAGAAUUAGAACAAUCUACAGGGAGUUUUCAAUGUUUUCUAUAGUACUUGCUACACUUCUGGAACUUUGCUCCUGAGUUACCCUUUACACCAAUGGCCCAUUGUGCAUAAACAAGGAAUUUCACUGUCAGACUGUUGUCACACAGUUGUUAGCCUUAAAGCGGCACUGACCCCCCUGAUCUUUAUGAAAAACGAAUUCUGACUGUGUUUCACUGAAAUUCCAACCCAAUAAUGAGAUGCUGAGUCUAAGUAUGGACUACUUAGUCUCUGAAUAUUUUAUCCACCUGACUCUCCAAAGUCCUCAAUGCUGUACUCUCGCAUUUGCGAAAGUUCACCAGUGAUUUAUAAGUGUACCCACUGGAAGAAGACGGCCACCCCCUCAAGGGACAGGUUAAGGUAAGUAGAACUAACUUGGUGGUUUCAGACAAUAGUAGGAAUCUCUGUAUGAAAAAACCUUUUUUUAUUAUAAGUUAAUUUCAGAUUUUAUUAAAAGUCAAUAUUUGAGAGUGCAUUACAUUAUUUAUUUUAUUUUUAAUUUUUUUUAAAUUCUUUACUUUGGUUGUGCAGAUAAUUACAGGUUAUCAACAGACGCCACAACGGCGUGUUUCAGGAAUUACAGAAAUUAAAUUGUGGCAUAGAAGUUUGCACAUUUUUUUUUUUUUUAUAUAGAGAUAACAAGCUUGACUGAACAUUUAUCUUGUUAGAAUAGCAUUUGAGUAAAUGAUAUUCAGCAGGUUAGGUGUGUGUGUUAGCUGGACAGUUGUGAUGUAGGUUGUAGGCAUUGUGUUUGUUAAUGGUGUGUUAGGAGAGACAACCACAAUACAAUGCUAGCUAGACAUUUUGAACAGCCUAUUGAAAUGCAGAUAUUAAUACGUACUGUAUAUGUUUGUUGCAAGUUGCUAAGCAAAAGGGUGAACAUAACUAUCACUGUGCUUGGUAGGCUAUAUGAACUGCUUGACAGUAGAGAUUAUGGUGUAUGCGCUAUGUGUGCUGAGUUACCAAUGCAGCUCGUGUGAGUAUGGGUUAGGCUAUAGGUAGGUAUGCUUAUCUUGUGGUCGCUUGGUCUCAUGUGAAGCCCCCCCCUGCGGUCCAUGGCAGGAGCAAUGGGAAGGGAUGUUAAGGCUUAAGUGCAUGCAUACAUUUGUAAGAGUUCAUCUGGGUUGUGGGAAGGUAAGGGAUAUUAGGCACUUUGCCUGUCAUUGAGACCCAGUCCUAGGUGGUUCAUCCGAUGCCCCGUUGGUGGUGGUUGUGCCCCCCUCGCGCUGUCAGUUGCUCAGUGCUGGGCUCCGGUUCGCCCUGAGAGUAGCGUGUGUUCCCGGUUGGGAUUUUUGUGGGUCGGCGUGGACACUGACUGCUGCCGAUUUGAGUUGGUGAUGUUGUGGUCGCGGCCGGGUUAGGUUUUACGCUCCGCCGUCUGCGUGGGCUGCCUUGGUAUGUUUUGCCUCCCUUGAGUCUGCGCUGGUUCACCACCUUUCUGUUGGGCUGUCUGUGAUGCUGUAUCCCAGGAUUUCCUUUAGUUUGAAGUGAGUCUUUGGAGGGCUGUAUUGGGCUGUGGAGGGUGCGUGGUGGUGAGUGAUCCAGUGCCGUGCCCCCCUCGCUGUCGGCUGCACGUGGCCCCUCUCACCUGCUCUCUUGGGGGUUUUCCGACUUGUCUGUGCGCUCUGUGCUCGGAGCUGCAGUUUCUCCCAGAACUUGGCGAACAGCUCAUCAAUGCGCCUUGUGAGGUCGGUGCUGCUGUCUGGACGCUGCUUUGGGGUUGCAGGCUGGAACCGCUGUCGUGGUGAGUACUCAGCCGCCAUCUUGUACGUGCCUCGUGUCGCUGGCCCUGGAGUUCUACUGCGUCUCGUCUGUCUGUGCAGGUGUGGCACUCCGGGCUCACGGCGAGGACCGGGAUAUACCCCACCGGUCCGGGGGGAGGGGUGGUUAGGAGGUUUGAGUUUCGAGGUGCGUCUGCAGCAGGCUGGCAGAGAGGAGAGCGGCUGUCUCGCAGGCCUCGGCAACCGCAGUGUGGGUCUCCGGGUCGUCAGGCUAGUGAUUUGGGUAUCGGAAGAUGUGCCCGAGCGUCCCCCGUACGGUUAUGCCUCACCCGAGCAGAUUUGCGCCAGGUAGUGGGGUAUGUACCCCCAAAAUCGUUUGUUUUGUGUCGGAGCUCGGACCUGACACGUCCGCUCAGUCUGGAUGUUAGGCUCCGCCCCACAUUAUUUAUUAUUUUAAUAUAUCCAAUAUCCGUUUUAUUCUAUAUUUAUUUUUUUAGUUUAUCUAUUGAGCUGCCACUUUUUUUUUUUUUUUAUUUCUUUUGUAAACUCAUGAAUAUAGUUAGAUUUAUUUUUUAGCCAUGAAUAUGAGUGCCAUAGUUAAUCGGAAAUAAGACUGGUACUGGUUCUCUUGAAGGCCCUGCCAGCCCUAUAUGAUAUUCCUAUUAAGGGCGGCACGAAAGAAAUGGAAAAACUAAAAGUAUACGAAAAAUGAGUUAAAAGUACUGUAAAUAGAAUAUAGGAGAAGCACAGAAAUCCUAGCGAGAAUAGGUAGGAGUUUAAAAGCGGUAAGCAUAAAUGCUGGACCCCAUCCGCAAUGCCCUGCUAAUUACUUGGCCCUAUUGUAUCUUUAUUAACUGAUGGCUUUCCACUUGGUUUUAAUUUUGGGGAGACUACAUGAUCUGAUUUCUGACAAAUGGAUUUGGAUCUGCAGCUUGGCAUAGAGUACAGUGUGUAUAAAAUUGCAAAGAAGUGAAAGCAGGUAAUGUGUAAUAUAGAGACACAAGAGCAGUACUAUAUAAUCAGCACUGUUUCUUAAUCUGCAAAUAGAAAAGGCUGUAUACUGUAGUCCAUACAAUAAGCAGUGAUUUAUGAGAUUACAGAGUUUGAUAACUUAUGCCAAAAUAAGUAUUUUUGAACCCGUAAAUUUAGUAGAGCGCACCUUCAAAUUAAUAUAUACAAAUAUUUUCAUUUUACACAUGAAUGGUUUUUGAUUAAAGUAGAUUAUUCCAAAAUCAGGGUUCCCUACCUCUUUUGCCGAGUGGGCAUCUCUUCCUUCUAGACAGCACGAUAAGCUGGUUCACUUCACCAAGCAAAGUCUUCAUAAUGAAUUGUAUACUUGGCCUGAUUCAAGACCUAGUAAGGUGCUGGUGUGUGAUGUCAUAGCAGUAAUGAUUUUUGAUUGGUUCAGCCAAAAUCCAACACAAAUGUUGCUAGGAUACCAGAAAACACAACAGGCAGAUGGUGUAUAUAUGUAUUUACCACCGCACUCUUUGUGCUUAGUGGUUUUCUCUGUACUGCUGCAUUACAGCCUUGAAAUCCGGUGUGUAAAUGGACAUAUAAGUAAACAUACUGGCAGAGAGCCCAGCUUUCAGUUGCAUUGUUAUUGUACAAAUCAGAAUAAAUUGUUUACAAACUUAGACAUUUUACAUAAUAUCGCGUGUGUGCGUGUGCGGUCAUAGUCACACCUCUCUGUGUGUAUAAUUUGCACAGCUUCCUAAAGAGUUCCUGUAAAGUGACAUCUAAUGUUUAAACUUCCUUUAUUGUACAAUCUGUUUAACAUUUAUCUUGUGCUCUGUUAAUCCCUUUCUAGACCCUGCAGUAGCCUCUUGCGUGUGACUAAAGUUAAAUUUACAGAGCAGGAGAUAAAAACUUCUAAAGCAAGGGAAUUGUGGCUAGGACUGUAUAAAUAGAAACAAAAGUGACCUAACUCCUACACGGUAGAGAAUUGAGCAGUAAGACUGCAGUCACAUGAUCUAUACACCAAAACUGCUUCAUUAAGCUAAAGUUGUUUUGGUGCCUAUAGUGUCCCUUUAUAAAAUCCUAACAGACAUACAAAAAGUAGGAUAUAAUGCUAGCAGGAAAAUAAUGAAAAGAAAAUAUAAAACCUUUUUAGGCACCAGAACCACUAAAGCUUAAUGCAGUAGUUCAGGGGCAAAUGGAGCAGUGUACACGAUGCCCAAUAUCACCUCUAGGUAAUGUUACUCAGACAGCACCUAGUGGGACUUACUUGCAAAUAGAAGCAGAGUGUGGAGAUUCCAAACUUUCCCCAGCAGUGAGUCAUAUGAGGAGAUGCUGAUUUGUGCAGUGAUAGCUUUGUAUCCACACUAGCCUCACAAAGCUUUUCUAUGGGGAAGCAUUCGAUUGGCUGAGAUCAGCAGUAUUGAUGAUCAUAGUCAGAGGAGGCACAGGGAGACCAAGCUGCUAAAGGAAACAAGGUUAGCUUUAAAUAAAAAUAAAAUAAAAAGCUUUGUGUAAAGGGACACUAUAGGCACCCAGACCAUUGAAGUGGUCUGGUAAGGAAAUAGUGUUUUUAACUGCAGCAUAGGAGGGCGAGCGGAAUGGAAGUGGCAGAGGGAGCUUUAGUGUCAGUAAUACAGCUUUGUAUUCCUGGCACUAUGGUAUCCCUUUUAAGGCAGGGGUGGGGAACCCUCUGCUCUCCAGAUGUUUUGGACUACAUCUCCCUUGAUGCUUUGCCAGAAUUAUGGCUGUAAGUGCAUUAUGGGAGAUGUAGUCCAAAACAUCUGGAGGGUCGAAGGUUCCCCACCCCUGCUUUAAGGGGUGCCCAGAAUCUAAAUAGUAAACUCUCUGCUUGAUCAGUAGGGGUCACCAACAUCUAAUCCUUCAUAUACCAUACGCUGAAUAGUGUAUUGUAGAAAGAUCGGUGUAUGCAUAAAGCAUAAUUACUUGUGGGGGUAUAGCUUGAAAAUCAGAUCUUAAAGGACCACUAUGGGCACCCAGACCACUUCAACUCAAUUGAUUAACUCUGCAGCUGAAAAAAUAACAGUUUCUCUGAGGCUUUACAUAGCAGGGUUAAUCCAGCCACUAGAGUCUGCUUCCGCGAUUUACACUGAGUAAAUCUCACUUAUUUGAUGCUGGAUGUGCUCACGGAGUCAGUCGUCAAAAAAGAUCCCCAUAGGAAAGCACUGAGUAAUGCUUUCCUAUGGCCACACAUGCGCAUUCGGCUCCACUUGGAAGCUGACGUCGAUGGAGGAGAAGAUGUCACUAGUGCUGAGGGAGCCCAACGCUGGAUUAAGGGAAGCAAAUAAAUGGUUAACCAUUUAUUCGCGCAACCUAAACGGUGACUAGGCUGCUAUAGCGUGAGGAAUACAUAUUUGUAUUCAUAACGCUAUAGUGUUCCUUUAAAAUACACGUGGUACAUUUUUGGUUCUUAUAAUCUACUGAAGCUUAGAAAAAAGGAGUUAAACUAAAAAUAACUUUUAAACCUGGUCUUUAGUAUAUGUUUUAUUAUCCUUUGUGCUACUUUUUCAAACUUAGAUUUUCAAUUAACAGUGACCUUGCUGGGUAACCCUCACAUAUAAAUAAAAGCCAAAAAAGAUAAAAUGUGUCUUCUACAGGUGGGAAUUCUUGUAUAUCCUUCAUCUGAGCACUACCAAAUAUUUGGAUCCUAAGGAGCAACCCCUUUAAAACCGGGAAGUACAAAGGACUGGAAAUAUUCUGAGUUAGCCUAAUAAUCUGCAGUGAAACUGAAUCAAACUCACGUCGCUGGUCUGAAUCACUCACCCCUGUCACACAUUGACAAAUAGUCUGAAACAAUAUAGAAAAACAAAGUUAUAGAAGAAAACCUAGAGAUUAGUACACUGCUUAACUCAAUACAUGUUUCCUAACGCACGGCCGACGAGCAUGUUAGGAUGAAAUGAGCAGAUAUUUAAUUACAUUACAAGGGUGGCUUGAGGAACGGUUUCAGUGAAGUAAGACAGAGUAACUUUCACUUGCAAAGACCUUUAUCUUUGCUUUGACAAAUGGCUUUCACAUAAGUUUGUAAGUGACUGUGUGCUCAGGAAGCUCUCAGCAGGAAAUGUGGGUUUAUAUUUCCAGGUAAGCAAGAUAGCUUUAGUUUGUGUAGAAUGUAUGUGUAUAUAACAUAUGCAGUACCUAACUGUAUUAUGGAAAAUAAUGCAUUGGGGGGGGGGUGUGAUAAGCCACAAGAAUAUUAAGUUUUUUGUUUUUUUUAAUUAGGUCUAGGGCUAACAUUUGUUUGAUCACGAGGAACCAAUGACACCUACAUUGGUUAGAGUUACACUUUUGGGUAGCAGCUGUUAUGUGCAACUGUUGUCAUUCAUUCCGCUCCUCCCCUGACAAUGAUAUGGCUGGAGGGACAGAACUGCAAUAUUUCUGUCUCAUUGGCUCAUUUUCUCCAUAUGUCUUUUGGGACAGAGCUCAAUUAAAAUGGCAGCUGUUUCCCGGAACAUCUAUUAAUCUUUGGCAGGCCAGGACACGUCCUGAGAGUAUGGGCCUGCGUGUGCAUUAACUGCCGGUUGUGGCGUACCACCAGGAAAUCACCGCCAAUAAUUCACUUUCUCUUAGUGUUUAUAGCUCCCAGAGUAGCCUCAGUGAUUACAGCUUCCAAAUAGAGCCUCCUCCAUACAUUAGACGAGUGCUAGAGAUGAAACUGGUUUAUUGUCCCACUUUUAUACCUGGGGUCUCUCCAGGAGGUCUCCAUGGAAACCAGAGGAAUUGCGACAUCCCUGGUACAUUGGUGUCUGAACAGAUAACUUAAAGGACCACUAUAGUGCCAGGAAAACGAACUCGAUUUCCUGGCACUAUAGUGCCCUGAGAGUGCCCCCACCCUCAGGGUCCCACUCCCGCCGGGCUGAAGGGGGACGAAGGCUGGCGUCUUCACUGUGAAAAUCACAGUGGGAAGCGCCUCUAGCGGCUGUCAAUGAGACAGCCACUACAGGCUGGAUUAACCCAUUUGUAAACAUAACAGUUUCUCUGAAACUGCUAUGUUUACAGCAAAAAGGGUUAAUCCUAGAUGGACCUGGCACCCAGACCACUUCAUUAAGCUGAAUUGGUCUAGGUGCCUAUAGUGGUCCUUUAAAGGGACACUGUAGGCACCCAGACCACUUAAGCUCAUUGUAGUGGUCUGGGUGCAAUGUCCCAUGUCCCUUAACCCUACUGUGGUAAUUAGUGCAGUUUUUGAAAAACUGCAAUAAUUAACUCCACCUAGUGGCUGUCUACCACUUCAGCGCUGCAGGAAGGGGGGCGCGAGGGAGGGGGAGACUGUAGGAUCCUAUAGUGCCAGGAAACCGUCUUUGUUUUCCUGGCACUAUAAAAUCCGUUUAAUUAGGUGGUCAUGCCAUUUCACCUGCCUAUUAAAUUCUUCGUUUAAGGAUAAUUUUUUUAAGAAGAAUUUGAAGUUCACUUUGUUUCAUACAGGUUUUUAUGUGUCUUAUUUUUUAUUUUAUUUUUUAAAACCCAUGCUGUUAAUGGUCUUUGUCUCCUAGGUCUCAAUGUUUACAGCAUGUUGAAACAUGACACUGUGCUGUUAACUGUCGGUGCUGUGGAUUUUCUGGAAGAGAAGUUACUCUGGCAAGAUUCCCGAUACUCUGCACUCUAUCCGUUCCGUCUACCUUACAGCGACUUCCCGUAAAGCGUGCAGGCUGCGCACAUUUUGUGGUUAUAAUCCUGACUUCUUCCAUCAUUUGGCUUGAUUAAUAUUAUUUUGUAUAUAAAAUGUAAAAAAAAUAAUAAUAAAAAAACAAAAAAUUAAAAAA